AUGUCCACCAAACCAUCGCGCGCAUCGCCCUCGCCCUCGUCGCCGACUGGCUCCAAUCAUGGCCCUAAACUCCCCAAAUUUCUGAAGACCAACCGCGACAGGUCCAAGUCGAUGGUCGACCCCGCCGGCAGUCCCACCCCCAGCUCCUCCUCCUCUAGUCCCGCACUCCCCGAGACGCCAAAACACAAGAAGCCCAGCCGCCGCGGCUCGAUUUUCAAAGAUGCUGGAAGCCGCAGGCAGUCCCAGGACGUCGACGCCGGCGACGUCUCCAUCUCGAGGGACGGCGAGGAUACCCCCGACGAACCGCCCGUCAUUGUUGAGCCCUCGGGUGCGCCUCGGCCACGCACACGUUCCGAGCGGCCUCUGUCUGAUAACUACCCUUCUGUACAAUACUAUUCCCCCGGAUCGAACCCUCGGCUGAGCGACUUACCGACUCGCUUGUCUGGGUGGUUCGCGCAUACAUUCUCCACGUCCUCCACCGAUCUCAGCCUCCCGUCUCUCCUCUCCCAGCAACACCUCUCCGCAUCCGUCUCGCCGAAGGGCAAGGGAUCUGCGCUACUCACCGCCGCGAGACACGGAAAGGGCCAUCUGGACAAGGCCAUGCGCUAUCUGCUUGACAGCGACGCGACGCCUGAUAAGUGCCCGGAGCCCAUCUGGCUGCUCGGGGUACAGCAUCCUGGCUACGAGCCAUCCCCGCCGCCCGCACCGGACCCCAACGCCAGUCCUGCGCGCCGCAGUUCAGCCGAUUCGCGCCGUGGUUCCGCGUUUCGCUCGUCGAACUCGUCUCCUGGCUCCCCUAGCUCCGCGCCACCGGACCCUUCUCUUUCCCAGUCCCAGCCACCCUCUUCUUACCCUGCCAAUUCGAAAGACAGGGACAAAGACCCAUCUAAGAACUGGCCCCCUGUGUUCUAUGCAGACUUCACAUCGCGAAUAUGGCUCACAUAUCGUUCUCAGUUCUUCCCCAUCCGCGACACCACUCUCGCCGCCCUCGAGCAAGAGGUUCAUGAUAGUCCGACUGGAUUGCCAAGUAGCCCUCCGAGUAAGCGAUGGAACUGGCCUAUAGGCGGAGAGAAAGGAUGGACGAGCGAUGCGGGCUGGGGUUGCAUGCUGCGCACAGGUCAGUCGCUUCUAGCGAACGCGCUGUUGCAUCUGCAUCUAGGCCGAGAUUGGAGAAGACCGCCGCAUCCCGUAUACACCGCCGACUAUGCGAUGUACGUGCAAAUCGUCACUUGGUUCCUCGACACUCCUUCGCCGCUUUGUCCGUUCAGCGUUCACCGUAUGGCCUUGGUUGGCAAGGAUCUCGGGAAAGAAGUCGGACAGUGGUUCGGUCCCAGCACUGCUGCUGGAGCGAUCAAGACUCUUGUACAUAGUUUCCCUGAUGCUGGCCUCGGGGUCGCGGUCGCUUCCGACAGUACCCUCUACGAAUCUGAUGUGUACGCUGCCUCGCGCUCGUCCGUCUAUUCCACUAGAAGACACGGUCAUCCUCGUAUGGAAUGGGGCGAUCGCGCUGUGCUCAUACUCAUCGGCAUUCGCCUUGGUAUCGAAGGAGUGAAUCCAUUGUACUAUAACACUAUCAAGACAUUGUAUACUUUCCCCCAAACGGUCGGCAUCGCUGGCGGCCGCCCUUCCUCCUCAUACUACUUCGUCGGCUCUCAGGCCGAUAACCUGUUCUACCUCGACCCCCACCACGCGCGCCCUGCUAUCCCUCUCCGCCCUCCACCUCGCGAUCCCAGCGAGGUCUACGAGCGACAGUCGUCUCCCGAAGCGUACGCCUCCGAUAGGGAGCGGCAGUAUCGCACUCUCCACCAUGUCCGUUCACCCACGUCACCCAUGUCUAUUCGCUCGACCUCUAGUACGGGAUCUGCCUCAUCCUUCUCGUACCGCUCUCCCACGCUGGCACCGUCUCCACUUCAGCAACAGGUCUCGACUUCUUCCGCCUCUACCUCGGACUCUUCACAAUAUAACAACAACAUACACACCCGAUGGCAAUCCGCCAGUGUCCUGCCGGACGAUUCGGCGGAGAUGGACUCGCGCGAGCUCGGGCUUGGGGCGGAUCUGGACCCCCUGCAACGUCAUUAUGUCACUGCGUACUCCCAGACAGAGCUGAAAACCUUCCACUGCGACCGUGUCCGCAAGAUGCCGCUCUCUGGGUUAGACCCAAGCAUGCUACUCGGCUUCCUGUGUAAGGACGAAGCCGAAUGGCUGGAUCUGAAAGAGAGGAUAACGGAGCUGUUCCGCACCAAUAAGUCCAUCUUCUCACUUGCGAACGAGCCACCACACUACCCUUCGGACUCGGACGACAUGGGCCUUGAGUCCAUAUCCGAACCCGACAUCGACAUGCCCGACGACGACGAGUUCUCUCUCGGUAACUCGCCGCGCGACUCUCCCGCGGGCUCCAUUCGAGGCUCUGCCGUCGGCGGGUCCGUUGGGUCAGAGGUAGGCACAGAGGAGGAUCCCAUUGCGCCCCUCACGCCCAGCGCCGGCAAGGCAUCGUUCGACAUCGAUGCGCCCGAGCGAAUGAAGCGCGCCGCUUCUAACCAGUCCACGCAGGACUCGCUCAGCUUCGACGACGAGGACGACGAAGAAUGGGCUGACCCGCCGGAGUUCUCGGACCCGCACUUACCUUUGUCGGAGACGGCUCCUGUGGCUCGAGGGUCUUCCAGUCCCGAGUCUCCCCCAGUCAUCGCAGCGGCCCGUUCGACAAGCUCCACCGCGAGUAAAGACACGACCGGGACAGGCAAGACGACACGACGGAAGACGAAGAAGGGCUCUUCUGGUGGUGGCUCGACGAAGGCCCCGCGGACCUCGCAGCAGGCAGAAUCCCAGGUACAGUACCCCUUCCCGGCAGGCGACCCCGAGGACGAGGAGCCAGAGCGGGCUCCUGCGCAAAUGCAGGGCAAGCGGGUGCCGCAGAUGCGUACGGCGAAAGCGCGCGACGGCGGACGGACUCAGAGCGGCGGGAUUAAGGGCGUGCUCAUGGACGAUGCGGACGAUUUCUGAUAUGUAUACCUCACUCUCCCCCUUUCCUCAUCUUCCGCUAUCACCGUCUACCUCCUUCCAUGCUGAGUGCUGGACCGCGAGCGGUCCAGGCGACUCUUUCACUAAUUGAGGUCCUGAGGCGGCUGCGGCGAAUAUGCGCUCACUUGGCGGGACUGUCGUUCCUCAAUCUCAUCUCACUCGACUUCCUUCCGCACUUAGGGCAUGUGUACAUGUUUAGUCUCGUUCUCUGCUUCACCCCCUCGUAGCCAUCUGGGUCCCUCUCCUGCGGCCUCGCUUUUUUGGGGAGGACUGUCACUUCAGCUUCCCCCUGUGUCGUGGCCGCGGGUCAUUACUCGUUACCAUAAUGGUUGGUCCGUGUAUGUUGUAGCGUGUUCGCUUACUUCUCAAGUACCUUUUCCAUGCCCUCGAGCUCAAGCUCUAUGUGUUGGACAUGUGCAGCUUAGAGGAUAUGUCCUGUGCUUCCAGAAUACGACCAGAAGAUACGGACAUGCCCG